AUGUCUUCGUCUUCUGGAUUCCAGGCUAUGCCGGGUUGGUACUGGCCUGACGACGCGCCGAAGACGGAGCCCUCCCAGCCAUCACCUUCAGGCACCUCCAGUACCAGCGACAACGCUUCGUCGCAAUCGCGCAGCUCUAGACGUACUCACUGGCCGCCGCGACAAUGCAGGAUAUGUCUCGAGACGGUUCAGCCAACAUUCAAUGUUCCCUCACAAAGCCUCCCCGGCUUCUUACAGUCUUCCAAUGUGGUUUACGAAGACGAAAGCGGUCGCCUGAUCCGUCCAUGUAUGUGCAAAGGUUCAUCCAAGUAUGUUCAUGAGGCUUGUCUACAGGCUUGGAGGCAUGCAGACCCUAGCUAUGGGCGUAGGAACUACUGGCAAUGCCCUACUUGUGGCUUCAAAUACCGACUUGCGCGUCUUGGAGUUGGGCGCUUCAUAGGUAGCAUUGGUGCUCAGGUUGGUUUGACUGCCAUCAUAUUAAUUUCCAUCAUCUUCGUCCUUGGUUUCGUUGCCGAUCCUAUCAUAAACCUGUAUCUGGAUCCAUGGAGCUUCUUGUCCCCUUUCUCAGGAUCUGACUACUCGUACUACUAUGAGGACGAAGAGUCAGCCACUUGGUAUGAGCACUUCGCUAAAGGCUUUGCCAGCAUGGGUGUGCUUGGUUUCUUGAAAGUUCUCAUCGCUAGUCCGCUCUCCUAUUUCAGAAUUGGAGGAGGCCGAGGUCGAACGACUGGUCGAGACCGAUAUGAGCAGGUUAGCUGGAUCAUUAUCCUGAUAGGCGUGGGCACAUUUCUAGCGGCAAUCUACAAAGGAGUCCGUGUAUGGAGUCGCCGUACGCUUGAAAAAGCUGGCGAACGUGUCAUGGAUGUUCAAGGCGAUAAUGACGACGAUGAUGAAUAG